AAAAAAAAAGAUAUGGAACACGGAUAUUUGCUACCCCUGCCACCAAAAAGGAGUUUGGCGGUGGCGGUGUCUCAAAGGACAUUUUUUGCACUACUUAAGAAAAAUCUCAAAACAUCACAAUCUCAUCUUUUAAAAAGUUUUUCCAAUUAUCUUCAAAUAGUCAACAAACCAAAUACUUAAUUUACACCCAUUUUUGGGAUAUUUUUUUUUCAUUUUUGCUCACGGCAGCGCAUCAUCAUGGCACUUCCUAUGGAAUUUCGUGAUAUUUGUCGAGCCUGUAUGAAAAGGCGCGACGACAUGAAAAUGUUUUUCUUUUCGCGAAUAAAUUCGGUCAAUGUUGCAUCAAUGUUGACCAAAAUAGCACUUUUGCCCGUUGAGCCAUCGGACAGUUUGCCAAAAGUAUUGUGCAGCAUUUGCAUAAGGAAACUCAAUGACGCAUACAAUUUCCAACAAAUGUGUAUCAAAUCUCAUAUAUCAUUUAAUGAUAUGCUCCAAACACAUCAAUUCCCUUCAAGGGGGGAUUCUACAAUAGAUGAUGUUGUUAUAAAGAAGGAACCAUGUGAGUUUGCUAUAACAAAUGUAGAAUCUCAAAGUUCAGCAUUAGAUGCUGAUAAGGAUGCCAUAGAUUUUGAUAAAGUAUUAAAGAAACCAAAAAUAGAACCAGGUACCGAAGAAGAAUACUCACAAGAAACUAACAAUUUUAUCCAAAGCACAAAGUAUUCGAAAUCUGUAAAUAAAUCAAAAACUUAUACAUGUAAUUUUUGCCAUGAUAUAUUUGAGACAUGGAGUGAAUUGACAAUACACAUUGCCGAGCACAAGGGGAGGAGUAAUGGGAGGACAGGAGGAGAUGAUAGCAGCAGCUGUGAGGUGCCAGAAAAAAAGAGAAAAAUAUCCGAAGCUAGCACUUCUAAAGAAGUUUUCUCAACAGAGCUUGGCCAAAGGCUCGGAAUGACAGGUUAUGAUGGACGAAGCGAAAACAGCAGUUCCUUAGACGGACUACCUCUUGAGCCAAUUUGUAAUGUUCAAGUCAAAGAUGAAAUAGUAUCAGAUCAAAGCAGUUGUGAAUAUGAUGAAGAAGAUCACAAUACAUCAGUCAACAAAAAGCAAAAUGGUCGGAAUUAUAUAGAUGAUGAGAAUGGCAAUGGCGAAUAUGACGACGAAGACCAAGUGCCUGAGAGACAUACUGAAAUAGAAAAAGCCAACAAAAACGGACGCAAUUUCACCGACUCGAAGAGUCCAGUGUGUGAAAUGUGCGGAUUUAAGCCAAAAAUUCCUGCUUUAAUGCACGCUCAUGUGCGAAAUCGACAUCCAGAUAAUUAUCUGGAAUAUGUUGAGAACUUAAAAGCCUCCGGUGAAUGGGUGGUUAAAUGCAGAAUCUGUGAUGUUUAUCUAUUCAGCAGCACUAUUUAUGGACAACACUUGAAAUACACCCAUUCACAAAUUGUGAAUGAUUGUAGUGGAUAUUUCGAAUGCAACCAUUGCGAUCAAACAUUUAGCAGCAAAAAUGACUUCUUUUUACAUAAAAAUCAAGCUCAUAAUAUGCGAAGAAUCAACAAAGCAAAGCAAUUGUUUAUUUGUCUGCUAUGUGAUAAACAAUUUGGUCGAUAUAUAAAUCUUCAGCAACAUGAAGAAUCUCAUGAAAGUAAUGGAACAUCUGCAAUGGCUAUUGGAGGUGGUAGUGCUGGAGGGCGAGGAAGUGUGAGUAGAGUCAGUUCAAUUAGUGGCAGCAGCCUUGGUAAUAUACCAUUGAGUGGGUAUUUAAGAAAAAAGAAAGUUGAUCCACCGGAAGAAGUUGUUGAAACUCAAUUAAUUGUGCCCUUUGUUAAAACAUCACCAAAAAAAUAUGUUAACAGCAACAUCACAACAGCAGCAGGAGGAAAGUUCCAAUGCACUGGUUGCGAUAAGUCUUUUGCUACAGAAUUUGGCCUGAGAGUGCACAUUGGUUGUGUCCACAAAGGCAUGGAAAAGCUUCCACCAAAGAAAUCAAAUACUGCCACUGUUCCUCCUGCAGCCAAGAAACCACCACCCCCGCCGCCGCCAACUAUGCCCGACAAUUAUUGUGAAAUUUGUGAAAAACAAUUUGAAUCGAUUGUGGAUUGUACAACUCAUAUGCAGAAGCAUUAUGAAGUUGCUUAUACAUACCGAGAGCGUCCAAUUCGAUGUAAAGAAUGUAAAUUCCAAUGUGCAACUCGUUCGGAAUUUAAAUAUCAUCUCAAACAAAGGCACAAGGAACUUUACAGAAAACGUAUUGCUGGUUUUAUAUCAAUGGAUCCGAAAUUUGAAGCCUGUAAUUUGUGUUUUAUGCCAGUUUUCCAUACGAAAUCUAUUAGGCAUAUAAAUUCCCAUUAUAUGUCAGAAAAUGAAAGAAAGGAAGAUUCUGAUGAUAUAGUUGCUCCAGUGCCAGUAAAAACUGCAAAUAACGUUUCCAAACUAACAAGAAUAUCGCCAAAGGAUCACCCUAUAAGACUCAAUCAAAACGGCAAAACUUUAAAAUAUAAAUGUAAAAUAUGCUCAACAUUUUAUCCCGAUAAGCCAUCACUCAUGAAACAUACGCUUGUAGUUCACAAGAAACCUGACGGAAAGAAACAAUUUAAUUGUAAAAUAUGUUUCCGAUCAAUCACUGGGUUGCAGAAUUUCAAUUCGCAUAUGAAUUCACACAAAGGUGAACUUCCCAAAGCAACACCAAAAAAUAGCCAUGCUUGCCAUUUAUGUUCAGGAAUUUUUGUUGAAAGAGAAGAUCUUCAAAAGCAUCUUGUUGUGGCGCACAGUUUUAAUCCAAUGAUAUUUUAUAAAAAAUAAGAGAUACAAAAAUAAUAAAUCGUCUAUAAAAUGUUGUAAACUAUUAACUUUAAAGUUAAUAAGAUAUUGACUUACUGUGACUAAAUUACACCUAACAAAAAAUAAACAAAACUUACAGUAAACCGUUGUUGAGAGUGUGCUAUCGCGAACAAAAUUAAUUUCAAAAAUAAAAUGAAAACCAUCGGCAAAAAUAUAUUUGAAUAAAAAGUUAAGUAUUUGUUAAUGUACUAAAAAUCCGUAAAUUCAGUCUUUUUAAUUUUGCUUAU